AUUCUUUCAUGCGUACGUACAGAUUCCCGUUUGGUCCCGUUAUUUUUACGCGAAGAACUAUCGAACAAAAGUGCACUUUGCUGCAGUUCACGUACCAGCAGCAGAAUUACCCGAUCCUGAAAGUGACAAUGGUGAUUCUCAUAUGACAUUGAAGGAGUUGGAACAAAAGUGGAGUAAUCUGGCUUUGGGAACUCUCAGUGAAAAUCAUUUGCAUUCGCCGACGCCGUCCCACAAUUAAUUCUCUCGUUACAGAUUAAUAAAAAAUGGAGUUCCCAAAUCUCGGUGAGAGAUGCUCGAUCGAGGAUUGCAAACAAUUAAAUUUUUUACCCUUCGAAUGUAAUCAUUGUCACGAACUGUUCUGCAAAGAACAUUUUCAUAUAAGUUCUCACAAGUGCUUAAGCUUCAAUGAAAAGAUUACGUACACUAAAGUGAAGGCACCUAAUUAUACUUGUUCAGAUGAAUCUUGCAAAGAGACUUCGCCCAUUGAAAUGCAAUGUAUCAAGUGCAAAAAACACUUUUGUUUGCAACACAGAUUUCACGGUUGUUUAGAAUAUACCAACGAAGAGAAGACUACGAAGUUAAAGAAAUGGCAAAUACCGAAAAAGCAAUUUGCUGAAGCAAAAGCAAUCGUGGAUCAAGAAAUAUCCGACACUUUGAAGAAAUCCAAGAAUACAGCAAUGGCAAAUAAAGUACGCCUUAUGCGCAUAAAAGGUUUUGCAGUUGGUCCAAAAAAUAUACCAAUGAACGAGCGAUGUUAUUUCCUUAUAUAUCCACCGACGAUAUAUCACCUUACGAAUAUAGGUGCUUCGAAAGGGGUUUACGUGAAUAUGAAUUGGUCAAUCAGGAGAGCUAUAGACGCGAUAGCCGAGAUAUUAAAAGUGUAUAAUAAUAAAAACGUAGCGGCUUCAUAUAGAUUACAAUUGUUUCAUCAUGCAACGGGUGCGUUAAUAUCCAAUGAGAUGGAAACCCUCUUGAAAGACUUGUUUGAAAAUUCUGAUCUUGUCGAUGGGCAAAGUGUUAUUUUAGAAUAUUCAGGUAAUAUGUUUAUAGAUACUACUUUAUACAAAUAAAUAUUUGGAAGAAAA